CCCCCCACUAUCGCGACAUCCCCCUGCAGGUAUCGCGAUGGCGAGCGAGCGGCUGCAGAGCGCUCAGGACCUGCUGGACCUCACCUUCCAGUCGCUGGCCAUGCAGCACAUGGACCUGAAGCAGGUGGAGCUGGACACGGCCGUGGCCAAGGUGGAUGAGCUGUCCCGGCAGCUGGAAUCCCUGUGGAGCGACGGGCCAGGGCCCCCCCCCAGGGACAUUCCCGGCCGGAGCCGCUCCCCCCUGGCGCGCAGGAGCCUGGAGACCCCCGAGGGGGCGGGGGACGCUCUGGGCCCCCCCGGCUCCCCCCGGGCCCCCCAUUUCCUGCAGGGCGAGGAUCGGGCCCCUUCCCCCCGGCCCAAGCUGCUGGCGGUGCCCGGGGGGGGCCGAGCCCCGUCCCCGCGCCCCCCCCUCCGCCCCUAUGAGCUGCUGGGAAUGGGGGGGGGGCCCCGGCCCCUCGCGCCCCCCCCCUAUGAGAUGCACGGGCUCUACCCGUCCAUCGGCGGGGGGGCCGCGGCCUUCCGGGCACAGGAUGACUCCGUGCUCAAGCGGCGCCCCCAGAAGGGCUGGAACGAGUCCGACCUGGACCUGGUCUAUGAGAAGAAGCCCCCCAGCGGGGGGGGGUUCGACCGUCCCUCUCCAUCCCUGGGGCUGAUGCUGUCACCAUGGAGGGAGUCGAGCCUGGAUGGGGCCGGAGGGGGCAAGGACGCCGCCUACGGCGGGCACAGCUCCACCCUGCCCCGCAACUUCAAGCUGCCCCCGGGGGAGCGGCGGGGCCCGGAGGGGCCGUUCCGGCGCGGGGGGGCCGGGUCCCUGCCGCGGGCCUGGCCCGUGUCCCGCAUCCCGGUGCCCCCCCCCGCCGCUCCGCGCCCCCCCCGCCAGAAGCCGCUGCCGCUCUCGGUGAUCUUCAAGCUCCAAAACGCGUUCUGGGAGCAAGGGGGGGGCGCGCCCCGGGCGCUGCCCCUCGGACCCCCCCCCUCCGCGGCGAGGGCACCGCAGAAGCAGCCCCAGGGACCUGCGCUGCCCCCCGGGGAAGCCGUCGCUGCCGGAGGCGGACUCGGAGCUGGAGCCGGAGGUGUCGGAGACGGCGAGGCCGUGGCGCGGCCGCUGAGCCCGACCCGGCUGCAGCCGCUGUUGCCCGCCGAGGCGCAGCGGGACCCGGAGUUCCGCGCCGUUGCGCGCUCCCUCGCGGAGAUGCCGCGGCCGCUCAAGCGCCGCGGGUCCAUGGAGCAGAGCCCGGGGCCGCCCCCCCGCGCCCGUCAGUACCAGGAGCUCAUCACCAAGCUCCUGCACCGGGGACCCCCCCCCGCCGUCACCGGGGAACCCGAGACCGGAGCCGGAGCCGCGCACGGCGAAGGUCGCCAAAGUCCCCCCGCGGAACCGGAACCCGAAAGCCCCGCGCCAGCCCCGGUCCAGGAGCUGCGCUCGGCGCUGCGGGACCCGGCCUCCCCCCGCAAGCGUCCCGGGGCGCGGGUGCGGCUGAACCCGCUCGUGCUGCUGCUGGACGCGGCGCUCACCGGGGAGCUCGAGGUGGUGCAGCAGGCGGUGGCAGAGCUGAACGACCCGAGCCAGCCCAACGACGAGGGCAUCACGGCGCUGCACAACGCGAUCUGCGGGGCGCACUACGGCAUCGUGGAGUUCCUCAUCGCCAGCGGAGCCAACGUCAACUCCCCCGACAGCCACGGAUGGACCCCCCUGCACUGCGCGGCCUCGUGCAACGACACCAGUGUCUGCGUGGCCCUGGUGCGCCACGGCGCCGCCAUCUUUGCCACCACCACCAGCGACGGCAGCCUGGCCGUGGAGAAGUGUGACCCCUACCGGGAGGGCUACAGCGACUGCUACAACUACCUCACCGAGGUGGAGCAGGGCAUGGGGGUGCUCAACAGCGGCGUGGUUUACGCGCUCUGGGAUUACAGCGCGGCGCUGGGGGACGAGCUCUCGUUCCGGGAGGGGGAGCCGGUGACGGUGCUGCGGCGGCAGCGCCCCGGGGACGUGGAUUGGUGGUGGGGGUCCCUGUACGGGCACGAGGGCUUCGUGCCCCGCAACUACUUUGGGCUCUUCCCCAGGCUCCGCCCCCAGCGCCGGAAGCUCUGAGGGCUCUGAAGAGGCUCCGCCCCCCCCGCG